UCAACUUAUAUAUCAGUUGAAAUUAGAGCUUCUUAAUUCCUCUAAUUGAUUACUCUCAUAUCUGUUAUAUUUUGUAACUUUAAUUCUGAUAUAGCUCUAAAAAUGGGGCAUCACUCAUGCUGCAAUCAACAGAAGGUUAAGAGAGGAUUAUGGUCUCCUGAAGAAGAUGAAAAACUCAUUCGUUACAUUACUACUCAUGGCUAUGGUUGUUGGAGUGAAGUGCCUGAAAAAGCUGGGCUUCAAAGAUGCGGCAAGAGUUGCCGUUUAAGAUGGAUUAAUUACUUGAGACCCGAUAUUAGAAGGGGAAGGUUCACUCCAGAAGAGGAGAAAUUGAUCAUCAGUCUUCAUGAAGUUGUAGGCAACAGGUGGGCACACAUAGCAAGUCAUUUGCCAGGACGAACAGAUAAUGAAAUUAAGAAUUAUUGGAAUUCUUGGAUCAAGAAGAAGAUUCGAAAGUCUUCAUCUUCCUCCAUAUCCGUCUCUUCAAAUAUAAACACAACCGUUACAACUACUACUUCUAUCCAGGCUCAAAUAGCAGCUAGUACCCCAUCUAAUUGCCCAUUUAUGAUCAAGUUUGGACCCGAAACGACCAAUCAAGAGAAUCAAGAUACGCAAACAAAGGAGACAACAUUAUUUGUACAAAAAAGUAACACAACCCUAAUUCCUUCUUAUCCCUUGUUCAUGUUUGACACAAGCACGCCAUGCAACAUGGACCCCAAUGGUGACAACAAUCUUGAAACUAGUAACAAUGUCACGGGGAUGGCUACAUCUGACUCCCAACAUAUUUGGAACUCUUAUGAUAUGCCAAUAUUUACUAAUUGCACAACUAUUGAUAUGCCAAUCUUUACUAAUUGUACCACUAGCACUAUAAGUACUAUGAGUGGGUUGGAUUUGAGUAAUGAUAACAACAAUCCCUAUUUGCCAAGUUUGAUAGAAAGUAUGGACAACAUGGUUCCAAUUGAGGUACAAUCAUGUACAAAUGGAAGUAUGGAUCAAGAUCAUCGGUCGACGGUUAAUCAAUGCUUGCCGAGGCAAGAGGAUCAUCAUGAUCAUGAUGAUCAAAUGGAGGGUGUUAAUAAUGGAUGGGGAAUGAUUGAAUCACAAAGUUGUCCAAGUUUAUUAUUUUGGGAUCAAGUUGAAGGGUUAUCUCUAAACAAUAUUGCUGAUGAAGAACAUCAACUUGGACCGCCUUCGUCGAACACAGGAACAUUGCUCUCUUCUUUCCCUUCUCCAUUGUGAAAUUUCUACAAAAUGAAAUACAACUUUUCUUUCAAGUUCAAACAAAGGACUUGAUUUGGACAUUUUUUUUCUUGGAUUGAUUUGAUUGUUUAUUUAUACAUUUGUUGAGUUGUGAGAUGCUAACUUGAAGUUUGUAUAAAUGAUAUACAAUGUAUUAGACACACAUGCAAUUAAUAUUUUUUGCUUGCUUGCUUGCUACAAGAGAUGAAAUAAUAAUAAGUGAAAAUGAUCAAUAGGUGGGUUUUUUUUUUGAAAUUGAGGAAAACAUACAGAUAAUUUGAAAAGCGGAAAUGGAAAGCUAGCAGAAGCUAUAGCCGUAGCCAAAAUCCAUAUGAUGCUUCUAACACCAUUGUGCUAGCUGAUGAGCCUGCAUUACCAAUGUGCGGGAGACCUUUAGUACUUGACACGAUGUAAAGUACCUGGCUAGAGUCCUAAUUUGCUCGAUAGUCCGUCUUAUGUUGAUGUCCCUUUAAUUUUCCGAUCGUAAAAGUUGGACUAGAUUAUAAGAGUCUGUUAAGAUUGUUAUGUUCAUGUGA